GUCGCUUGUCCAGCAGGUAAACCGACCACAGGUAGUGAACGUGGAUAAACUAACCUGUGGGAUCUAUAACCCGAGGCCAUGGCGUCUGUGUUAGACGCUCUGUGGGAAGACAGAGACGUGAGAUUCGACAUCACAGCGCAGCAGAUGAAAACUCGUCCAGGAGAAGCGCUCAUCGACUGCCUGGACUCCAUCGAGGACACGAAAGGAAACAACGGAGAUCGAGGACGAUUGUUGGUAACGAACCUGAGGAUCAUCUGGCACUCGCUGGCCCUGCCAAGAGUCAAUCUGUCCGUGGGUUACAACUCUAUCAUUAACAUCACAACAAGGACAGCUAACUCAAAACUGAGAGGCCAAACUGAAGCGCUCUACAUCUUGACAAAGUCCAACAACACACGAUUUGAGUUCAUUUUUACAAAUGUGGUUCCAGGAAGUCCACGGCUCUUUACUUCUGUCAUCGCUGUGCACAGGGCCUAUGAGACCUCUAAGAUGUACAGGGACCUGAAGCUGCGAGCGGCUCUCAUUCAAAAUAAGCAGCUGAGACUUUUGCCCCGGGAGCAAGUGUACGAUAAAAUCAAUGGAGUUUGGAAUUUAUCCAGUGAUCAGGGUAAUCUUGGGACUUUCUUCAUCACAAAUGUUCGGAUUGUGUGGCAUGCCAAUAUGAAUGAGAGCUUCAAUGUCAGCAUUCCUUACCUCCAGAUUUGGUCUAUCAGGAUAAGAGACUCAAAGUUUGGCUUGGCUUUGGUGAUAGAGAGUUCACGUCAGAGCGGUGGCUACGUGCUCGGAUUUAAGAUUGACCCUGUGGAUAAGCUUCAAGACGCCCUGAAGGAAAUCAACUCAUUGCAUAAGGUUUACUCUGCCAACCCUAUCUUUGGAGUGGACUAUGAAAUGGAAGAAAAGCCCCAGCCACUGGAAGAACUCACCGUGGACCAGCCGCCUGAUGAUGUGGAAAUCGAGCCCGAUGAGCAGACUGACGCUUUCACUGCCUACUUUGCUGAUGGCAAUAAGCAACAAGACCGUGACCCAGUUUUCUCUGAGGACAUGGGCCUCGCCAUCGAAAAGCUUAAAGAUGGCUUCACCCUUAAUGGACUGUGGGAAGUGAUGGGCUGAAAUAAUGUGCAUGUACAUUGUGUCAUUAUUAAGAAAAUAAGGUAUUUAUUUAUAGCUCAGGUUAAAAAUUGUACAUCUCAUCU